AAAAAUAUAUAUGAUUGAAGUUUCCCAUAAAAGCUUUCAAUUUCAAUAGGGUUUGUUCAAUCGAUUAAGGUUUAAAAUAAAAAAUGUAAGUAAUGUACCUAUUACAUUCAAAAUCAGAUGCAAUAAUAACACUAAUUAUAAAUUAGACCAUUAUAUUGGACUCAUUAACAGUCAUUAAGAUUUUGAUAAUUGCAUUCAAAAUAAUGAAGCUGCAGUAAUCUUAAAUUUAAAUUAAAUUAGGAUAUUAAAUUAUUAGGUGAUUAAUUAGAAAUUCAAUAUGCAGAGUAUUCAGAUCCCUAAUAAGAUUUAAAAGAUUUUUGGAAAUCUAGAAAAAGCUUAGAUCAUGUCAUCAUUACAAUUGAAGUUUUGGAUGUCUAAUAACAAUAGAAAGAAACCAUACUUGCAGAACUAUUAAUUAAAUCACAAUCAUUAUAAAAAGAGUUAUUAUCUCUUAAAAAAUAAUAUGAAUUAGCUUAGAAAUCUGCUGUUGAUAUCAAUUACUUUAAUUAAUUCUAAGAUGGAUUUACUGUUGGUUAAUUGAUGAUCAUUAUUGUCAUAUGCUUGUUCUGUGGUGGAAUUUUUAGAUGA